CCUGUCAGGCUCAGCCGCGCCAUGGCCACCGCGCUCCGGCCCCUCAGCGCCCUCAGCCGCGCCGCGCUGGAGCCCCGCGCCCGCCGCCUGCACCUCAGCGCCGCCCGGGGGGACGCCGUGGUGAUCUCGGGGAGGAAGCUGGCGCGGCAGAUCCGGCAGGAAGCGCGGCACGAGGUGCAGCAGUGGGUGGCUGCCGGCAACAGGAGGCCCCACCUGAGCGUGGUGCUGGUGGGGGAGAACCCGGCCAGCCACUCCUACGUCCUCAACAAAACCAAAGCAGCGGCUGAUGUGGGGAUCAGCAGCGAGACCAUCCUCAGGCCAGCCUCCAUCACCGAGGAGGAGCUGCUGGAGCUGAUUGCCAAACUCAACAGCGACACGGCCGUGGACGGGCUCCUGGUGCAGCUUCCCCUGCCUGAGCACAUCGACGAGCGCCGGGUCUGCAACGCCGUGAGCCCACACAAGGACGUGGACGGGUUCCACGUGCUCAACGUGGGCAGGAUGUGCCUGGACCAGGACUCCAUGCUGCCUGCCACGCCCCGGGGUGUCUGGGAGAUCAUCCAGAGAACGGGAAUCCCCACGCUGGGCAGGAACGUGGUGGUGGCGGGCAGGUCCAAGAACGUGGGCAUGCCCAUCGCCAUGCUGCUGCACACCGACGGCCGCCACGAGCGCCCCGGAGGUGACGCCACGGUGACGAUCUCGCACCGCUACACGCCCAAGGAGCAGCUGAAGCAGCACACCAUCCGCGCCGACAUCGUGGUGGCAGCCGCAGGCAUCCCCAACCUGAUCACGGCCGACAUGAUCAAGGAGGGCGCGGCGGUGAUCGACGUGGGCAUCACCCGGGUGCAGGACCCGCUCACGGCCCAGCCCAGGCUGGUCGGGGACGUGGAUUUUGAAGGGGUGAGGAAGAAGGCGAGCUACAUCACGCCGGUACCCGGCGGCGUGGGGCCCAUGACGGUGGCCAUGCUGAUGAAGAACACCAUCAUCGCUGCCAAAAAACUGCUGAAACCACAGGAGCUCGAGGCUCUGCCUGCCUAAACAGAGCCAGGCUUAACGGGGGGCCCCUCAGAGCCAGGCCUAGCGAGGGGUCCCUCUGAACACCAUCAUCGCUGACAAGAAACUGCUGAAACCAGGCUCUAAACAGAGCUGGACUUAACGAGGGGUUCCUUGGAGCUGGGUUUAAUGAGGGGCCCUCAGAACCAGGCCUAGCAAGGGGCCCCUCAGAGCCAGGCUUAAUGGGGGGGCCCUUGGAGCUAGGCCUGGCAAGAGACCCUUGGAGCCAGGCUUAAUGAGGGGUCCCUCAGAGCUGGGUUUAACAAGAGGCCCCUCAGAGCCAGGCCUAAGCACGCCAUUCUGACCGAGAGAAAAUGCCGUAUUUGUUAUUUAUUGUCUCACAUGUGGGGCUUGUCCCCAUCUGAGGUCACAGGUAUUUAUUGGAGGCUUGGCUGAGCUGGGAUUACCCAAACUCCUUCUGCUUGGUGUUUGAGCUGGGAUUAUCCAAACUCAGCUCUGGUUUUGGGCUGGGAUUACCCAAACUCCUGCUUUGUCUUUGAGCUGGGAUUAUCCAAACUCAGCUUUGUUUUUGAGCUGGGAUUACCCAAACUCCUCCUGCUUUGUCUUUGAGCUGGGAUUAUCCAUGCUCCUGCCUUGUUUUUGGGCUGGGAUUAUCCACACUCCUCCUGCUUGGUGUUUGAGCUGGGAUUAUCCACGCUCCUGCUUUUUUUUUGAGCUGGAAUUAUCCAAACUCAGCUUUGGUUUUGGGCUGGGAUUAUCCACACUCCUCCUGCUUGGUGUUUGAGCUGGGAUUACCCACACUCCUGCUUUUUUUUUGAGCUGGAAUUAUCCAAACUCAGCUUUGGUUUUGGGCUGGGAUUAUCCACACUCCUCCUGCUUUGUACCCAAACUCCUGGUUUUUGUUUGAGCUGGAAUUAUCCAAACUCAGCUUUGUGUUUGAGCUGGGAUUAUCCACACUCCUCCUGCUUUGUACCCAAACUCCUGGUUUUUGUUUGAGUUGGGAUUAUCCAAACUCAGCUUUGUGUUUCAGCUGGGAUUAUCCACACUCCUCCUGCUUUGUACCCAAACUCCUGGUUUUUGUUUGAACCAGGAUUAUCCAAACUCAGCUUUGUGUUUCAGCUGGGAUUGAUGGAAUUCCCAAAGCCUGGCACUCCCAGUUCCCCCUCAGUGCUGGAUUUUAGUUUAAACUCUUCUCUAGAGAAAUUACUUGAAAAAAAAAAAAAAAACAAACAAACCUAAAACUAAAAAUCAAAGCCAUACUUUAGUCCUGGGCCUGUGCAGGAGUUCAGCUAGGCCGGGCUUUUCUUGCUCUUUGAACAGGUGAGGAAUUUUGUAAAAGCUUUUUUUUGUGUCCAAAGAAGCCCUGGGGGUGGGGGGAGCUUUGCUGAGCCGUGUGUAAAGUGGGAGUACCCGGGGAGUAGCGCAGGCUGCCUGAAUAAAGCAAAAAACCCAAAUAAAAUAAAUAAAAAUAAAUAAAUUCC